GCACUGCUGCUUUACAAUUGAUUUCUUCCCCCUGUGUCUCCUUACAGGACACCAAUGAAAUCGUUGCUAUUAAAAAGUUCAAAGACAGUGAAGAAAAUGAAGAGGUCAAAGAAACCACGCUUCGUGAGCUUAAGAUGCUGCGGACCCUCAAACAGGAGAACAUUGUGGAGCUCAAAGAGGCAUUUCGCCGAAGAGGAAAGCUUUACCUGGUGUUUGAGUAUGUGGAGAAGAACAUGCUUGAGCUGCUGGAGGAGUUGCCCAAUGGAGUGCCCACAGACAAAGCACGCAGCUACAUCUUCCAGUUAAUCAAAGCUAUUCACUGGUGCCAUAAGCAUGACAUUGUUCAUCGAGAUAUCAAGCCGGAAAACCUUCUCAUCAGCUCCGAGGAUGUACUCAAGUUGUGUGACUUCGGCUUCGCACGUAAUCUCUCCGAGGGGACCGACGCCAAUUAUACAGAGUAUGUGGCCACAAGAUGGUACCGCUCUCCGGAACUGCUUCUGGGGGCUCCAUACGGUAAAGCAGUGGACAUGUGGUCAGUGGGCUGUAUUCUUGGGGAGCUGAGCGAUGGGCAGCCUCUGUUUCCAGGAGAGAGUGAGAUCGACCAGCUUUUCACCAUCCAGAAAGUCUUGGGCCCUCUGCCUCCAGAGCAGAUGAAGCUCUUCUACAACAACCCUCGCUUCCAUGGGCUGCGGUUCCCAACAGUGAAUCACCCUCAGACACUGGAGCGCAGAUACCUGGGCAUCAUUGGUGGAGCUCUGCUGGACCUCCUUAAGAACCUGCUUCUGCUGAACCCCACUGAGCGCUUUCUGACUGAGCAGAGUCUGAACCACCACGCCUUCCAGAACCUGCGGCACGUGGACCGUCCCGGGCCGCCCACCCCCACCCCAGUCCGCUCGUCCAAGAGGAAACCCCACCAUGGAGAUAACACCACCCCCAGCAGGAGCCAUGGAGGAAAGAGCUCAGGAAGUCAUCGCUCCAGCAGCAGGGAGUGCUCCAGUCUGCCACGUCAGGAAGACCUCCAACCAAACAACGACUGCUUCCUUAACGGCAACAUGCCUGCAGCCCUUAACCUCAGCCCCACCCUGCACCCCAAGAACUACCAGCCCUCCCUCUUCAACCACUCCACGUCUUGCAACAUGGACCUGGCCAGCAGCAACUUGCCACACCUGCUCAGCUCCAGCGAAGGCCAGAGUACAGCUGACUUUGACAUCAGCCUGGGCUCCGAUGGAUACCUCAAAUCCAACUUCCGCUCUCAGACCCGCCAUUCGUUUGUGGAGGGGAAGACCAAUACACUUCAAUCAGGAGACAAGCAUAGCCGGCACUAUAUGGACACACACGGCUCCGUUCCUGCCUCUAAUAAGUUUGCAUAUUUGAACUUAUCCAAAAGCUAUGGCAACCUCAGUGAUGCUAAAUCGGUGGGUAAUCUGAACGAUGUGCACCUAUAUGCAGACGAGCCCACCUCUCGAUACUUUCCCUCAAGUUGCCUUGACCUGAGUGCGGCCCCGGGCAGCCCCGCGUCCCGCAGAGUGGACCGGCUGGGGCCCAUCAGUCGAGGCAGUAUGCGCGAUAGAGAGAGUAACACACUGGACUCCUCGUACAGGCGUUCGUCCACACGUCAUAAAGGCUCAGAAGACUCAGAGGAACCAGGGGAGGACAGAGGCCACGGGCACUCCCUCUCUGCCCCACACGAUCCUCUGUAUGGACAAGGCUACACCAGCCCCUUCUCCUCUCAGCAACGCCCCCACAGGCACUCGAUGUAUGUGCGGCGGGACCACCAGAGGACCCACGAGGAGGGGCUCUCUGUAGGCCAGGGGAUCCCCACCAGAGCCAGCAGCCUCCAGCUCCUGUCCCCACAGCUACAGCACCGGACGCUGCCUCGCCAUGCUGCCUCGUCCAGAGAAGAUGACAUGAGCAGGAGCGAACAGGCUCCCACUGAGGUCAGCCACAGCAGACCCCCCAUAAGAGACUCAACACGGGACAACACUGCAUCUUUUCACUCACAGCGGCAAAAAAACGAGGUCGGCCUGUAUCACGAGCAGCAGGGAGAAGAUGGCAGCUCAAGUAAAGAGAACCGCAACAUCUACAGUGAGUCGAUGCCCCGGAGGGUGGGCAGCUUUUACAGAGUCCCCUCUCCACGCCCGGAUAACUCGUUCCAUGACGGCAGGGGACAGAGGGCAGGGGACAGCGGCGGCUUGACAAACCACUCCAAGCGUCAGCCUGCCUUCGACCCGUGGAAUGGUCCAGACACUGUAGUUUUAAAUCCUGAACCAUCCAAAGAAAAGGAGAAGCAGGGUUUCUUUAGAGCAAUAAAGAAGAAAAAGAAAAAGUCUCAGUUGAUUGAAGUGCCAGAUCGAAGACCUCCCGCCCUCAGGAAAAGUCUUUUCCCUCUGUUUAGCCCAAAGAAUCACAUAAAGCGUAGUUCGUCUGUGAGAGUUCUCCCUGUAGUGUCCUCUCCCAUGGUGCCCAAUGAGGAUAAUGUCCUUCAGAAGUCAUCCAGAUCGGGACAUCAGAGCGGGCGCCACAGAUCCAGAGACAAGAGCCGCGAGCGUGACCAGGAACGAGACAGGGACAAGGACUGGCCUCCAGAGAAACUGUCUGAUUCACACUCGCCGAGUCAGCCCCUGAAGUCACUGAGGAAACUCCUCCAUCUGUCCUCCUCAUCGUCCAAUCAAACAGCUCCCUCCGACAUGCGCUACCCGUCAAUGCCCAACCCCGGCUCAUCUCAGGGCGGGUUUGUGGAAGGUAGGGGUCACUCCGGGGUCAGUACGCCCCAGAUGAAGGCCCGCCAGUACCCGCACCCCUCCCAGCUGGAACCUGGGUGGCACACCUCUGCUUUAGGACGUCCAGAGGGCAACCCCUAUCCCGAGCAGAUGAGCAUUAAAACAGGUCAGAACGGGCACGGUUUUGGACGGCCUUCACGCUCCCGGAUUCCAAACUUAAAUGACCUAAAGGAAACGGCUCUGUGAUUUAAGCUCACUGCUCCACUUUCUAUGCCUCCUUUUGUUGCUCCUACUCGCUCCUUGCAUAACACCACACCUGCCGCACACACACACACAGCACUGAUGCCAAACACUUGCUUGCUAAAGGUCCAGUACAGGCCUUGGUAUGUCUUAAUUUUUUAAAGCUUCCAUGUUUGAUAGACUUUAUAUUAUUAUGUAAUUCUGAUUAUAAUUUGUACUAUAAUUAUAAAUAUAUUACAGAUCAUAUAUAUAUAUAUAAAUAUACAUAUAUAUAUAUGGAUAAGGUAAAGUAUAGAUUUGUGUAAGUAUUUUUUGUUUCUAUGGAUAGAUCUCUGGUACAUUUUAUUAUGUAGUCUUUACUAUAGGAACCUAAGGCAUUUUAACACAGCCACUUUAACAUUGUUUAGGUCAGUAAUGUUGGUAACUGUGUGUUCAUCUCACCAGGGUUCAGCUGUUGCCUUUGGUGGAGUAUGAGUGAGAGAAAUCACUGUAGUGCAAUUAAUAUUAUAGUUUUUUACGGUGCGUUCACAUUUGUCCUGGUUUGGUCUUGGUAUAAACCCAGUUUAAGUCCUAAUGUAGAUGGCCUUGUUCCAGUCCUGAUUUAGUUCUGGUACAAUCUUGGUUUGCAUCCGGGAUGAGUCCCAGUUUAGUCCCAGUUUUGAUGUGGUAAUUGUGCAAAUGUGAACGCACCCUAAAUGCUUAACUAAGAGGCUUUUUUGGGGCUGUUUAUGACUAUUAGAAAUGCAGCCAUUUUAGAAAAACUGGUGCCCUAACUGGAGAGAAAAUCUAAGCUACAGCGCCCUCUGUAAGACAUUAACAGGCAUUACACAUUAGAGCUAAUAAUGUACAGUAUUAUUUUCUAUACAGGUGUUAAAUUUUAAUUACAGUGGAGAUGACUGUACUUAAGAUACUUUUGGUACAAUUUAAAACAUGCAAUUCAAACAUGAAUCCAUUAUAUGUGAGACAGUAUACAGAUAAUAGAAAGAUAAUAGAAAGAAAAUAUAUAUUAUGUUGCACUGCUUUAAGUAAUUAUGUGUCACAACAGGUUUGGUUGGUGCUGUAUCCAAACGAAAUGUUAUGAUACAUUUACAAAUAUAUUUAUUUUAACUGCCGUAAAGAUGUUAUUUAUUUCUUGUCUUUAAUAUUGUGGUCUUUAUGAGGUCAUUUUUACAGCAGUUAGAAGAAGAAAAAGCCAUUCUAGAUGUAUCACUUCAUUUCAACUGGUCACGUGGACAUUUUGGAUACUUUUUGUGAAGGAACGUCAUAUCACAUUGAGUGCCAUGAAUGAACAUUUUUGCGUGGAUCCUCUUUUGUUUUAUUGUUGCACUUUGAGAAGCCUGUGUGAGGCAGCAAUACCAAUAUGACUUUGUACAUUUUUCCUAAACGUGGCAAUGACUGGGAAACAAUUUAUGGAUUUUUGAUGGGACAGUUACUAUGAACUUGGACUCACAUCACGAGUCUCUAUGGAUCCUGGUUUUGCUGAAGGAGCACUGUGUAUUAUAUUAAUACUGCUGUGACUACUGUUAUUGGUAAUGUUUAUAACAGAAAAUGUUUAAUUGAAUCAAGUAUGAAGUUUGUGCUUUAUUACAGACACAAAUUAGUAGCAUAGUCAGUGUUUUCUGCUUAUUUUCCUUUGGGACAAAGCAUUUUCAUCAAAACAAACACAAUAAAAUGCUCAUACGUUUUAGGACAUUUAUGUUUACAUGUAACAGUGA